AUGCAGUGAAUGCCACAAUGAAAAAUGCUCUGAAAUCUUAGAAGUCAAUGCCGGAAAUCUCUUAAGAGCACGAAUCAACUCAAUCAUAGAUGAACGAGAAAUAAAUGAGCUCCCAGCCGAAAUUGCUGAACAAUUCGCAAGAGCUGAAACGCUUACAAACACCCAGCUUCAAAUUUGCUUAAUCAAGCUAAAAAACUUCGAAGAAGGCAAAGAGAUUGAAGAAGGUCUUCACUUCCCAAAGCCUAUUAUUAA